AUGGAUGUGCAUAUGACUUAUAUGAGAUGCAUAGACCUGUGCUUCUCAUGUCUCCUGAAGGAGGAGGAGGAGGAGGAGGAGGAGGAGGAAGCAUGCCGUCCUGUGAUUGAUUUGCGCUUGGCACACGGGAGCCCGUACACCGGCGGCCAGGGCUACGGGAACUAUGUUACCUACGGCGCUGACGCGUCCGCUUUCUACUCUUUGGGAACGUUUGAUGCCAAAGAUGGAAGUGCGUCUGCGCAUGCGGGUAUAACACAGGCUGCCGCAUAUUACCCUUAUGAUCCCACCCUGGGACAGUACCAGUAUGACAGGUACGGAUCUAUGGAGGGAGGAAGCAGAAGGAAGAACGCCACGCGUGAGACCACGAGCACAUUAAAAGCGUGGCUGCAGGAGCACAGGAAGAACCCCUAUCCCACCAAAGGCGAGAAGAUCAUGCUGGCCAUCAUCACCAAGAUGACCCUCACGCAGGUGUCCACCUGGUUCGCCAACGCCAGAAGAAGACUCAAGAAGGAGAACAAGAUGACAUGGCCACCGAGAAGCAAGGGCUCCGACGAUAAGAAGUACGAUGAGGAUGAUGAGGAUGAGGAAGGGUCGCAAGAAGAUCAAAUCAAAAGUGAAACCAAUGAUGACGAGAGCAAAAGUCGAGAGGACAAGGAGCUCCAGCUGAGUGACUUGGACGACUUUGACACCAUCGAGUCUGAGAGCUCCGAGUGUGAGCUCAAGCACCGCUUCCACAUGAACGCACACAUGGCGACCACCGACGACCGCUUCAAAGAAGCGCCUCCGAAGCUCUCCAUCCCCGGUCUGCUCGAAGCCAAAAGCGGCCUGAAGAGCACCGCGGAAGACUGCGAGCACAGCAAAGCGUGCUUCCAGCAGCAGGGCCUUGCGUUACUAGACAGCAAACCGCGCAUCUGGUCUCUGGCCCAGACCGCGACAGAGUACUCCUCGUGUAUGCUUCGGUGCCAGCCAUCGCCCCCCGCCUCCUCACCUGUCAGCGGCCUGGAGAGACAGCAGGACUCACCUGUCACGACUCUCAGAAACUGGGUAGAUGGUGUUUUUCACGACCCCUUGUUUAGACACAGCUCCUUAAACCAAGCACACACGAACACUACGGUUUCUUGGACCACCUCGACCAAAGGGUCGAUCUUAGAGACCGGAGCGCUUGGACAGCAAGAGGCCAGCAAGGACAGUAUGACAUUUCCAAAGGGGGUGAAUAAAAUAUUCUGCUCCUAGCACACCACAAAGACUGUUUGGAAUAGCUGUUUACGCUUUCAGUUCACAAACUAAUGCCAGACUGUGAAUAGAUGGGCCCAAAAAUACGUUUUGUUACAUAAAACCAUGAGGAAAUGUGUGUGUUUAUUGCUGUGUUGACAUCUCACUGGCGAGGGGUUGGUUUAUAUAUAUAUUUAUUGGUUUGGCUGACGCACGUUCAGAUUGUGUAAAUUAACUGGAAGUUUAUGUUCUGAAAGACUGGGGGAAAAAAAGGUUUACAGGCUAGUUUCGUUCCGGCUUUUAUCGUUUCUUUGGCAUGCAUAUGUUGAUCAUUCUUUUAGACGAACUCGGACCUUGUCGCAACGACUCACACGUGUCACUGCUACGAAAGCAUCGCACAAAUGCACAGAUCUCCUCGAAACGGGGAAUGUUCAAAUCUGCUCACUAUAAUAAACGGUGGAUU